AUGAUGGGACAAGGACGAGGACAGAAUAAGAACGCACCGGAGGAGGAGUAUGAUUACAGCGAACGCGCGAUCGCGGCGUUGGUUUACAUGUUGCCGCUGUUGGAUAGCUUGAAGUAUAGCAAGUUUUUGUUGCUUCAGUUUCCCGCGUUCAGUCUCGCGCUGCUGCCGCUCAGUCCCCUGAUUUCGCUUUGGUUCAACCUCGGGUUUUUGCAGAUUGCGGUGUUUUUCGCCACUUACUUGGGCGUCGUGCAAAAUCAAAACAUGAAGCGUUUUGUGCGAUUCAAUGCGCAACAAGCGGUGCUGUUGGAUAUUUUGUUAAUCGUGCCGGACCUCUUGACGCGAACGUUUCAAGGGAUCGAUGGCUCGGGACCGACCGGAGGAGCUGGACUACAAGCGGAAAUCAUCUUUUUCAACAGUGUGUUUUUGUUCACGUACAUCUGCUGCACCGUCGGCGCCGUCGGUUCAACCGCUGGGAAGGAAAUCAAGCUUCCACUCAUCGGCGACGCCGCGGAGAUGCAACAGCCUCGCUAG